GACCAGAAUCUGAACAAUAUGACCAUGGUGGUCCACCACGACCACGCGCAGCAUGUCGAUGGGAUUCAGAUAUUUUUCCCAUUCAUCUCGUCCAGUAAGACGAAAGUAGCCAAUUAUUAUUACCAGGAUAAGUGUCCGUUUGAUAAGUUUAUCGGCGCUUACUUUGAUUACGACAACAUCACCAAAAAAAUAGGCGCAUAUUUAGUGGCAACCGAUAACAAGAGCGAUACUCUCUAUCUGUUCUCAAUGUUAGACUGGAAUCGCAAACCAUAUGUCGAAAUCGAUUCGAUGUAUAAUUUCAAGUCAAUGAAAUACAAUAAGUAA